AUGGCUACUACAAUCCCCGACGACCCCAACCGUCGUUUCUCGGCGGGUGUCACAGGAAGCGAACCCGAGAUUGUCGAAGAACACUAUGAAGAAGCCCCAACCGUGAGCCACGCCCUCGCCGAGGAGAGUAAGGACUUUGAAGAAAAGGGCGCUGCGCAGAUCGAGCACGGAGACGUCGAAGUCAAGAAUCUGGGAUGGAACGAGGAGGCUCGUCUUGUGCCGCCGCUGGUGGGGGGUCUCAAGAACGAAGAUGUCUGGACUUUGGUUCGACGGUUUGACAAGCAGGUCUUUUACGUCCGGAGCAUCGACGAGCCUCCUCUAGGAGCUCUUGAUAUGAACAUUGCAGACGAAGAGGAGUUUUCGCCCGACAAGCUCAGGGCUCAGAUCGAGCGUCUCUACGUAACUGUCUUUACGCAGCUCUUUUCCUUUUGGAAGCACAUCGUUCGACUUCGAUCGUGGAGGGAAUAUCAGCGAACCUCUGCAUUUUUGGCCGUCUACACUGUAGCAUGGCUGCUCGAUAUUCUCGGACCGACUAUCAUGCUCUUUCUCAUGGCUCUUAUCUAUUCACCUGAGGCCCGUGAUAUUUGCUUUCCUGGAGCACCACCCUCUCUGAUCGACUCCAAGACGGGGGGCGUCAAGAAGCCAGCAGCUGGUGUUCUCGCCUCGGAUGAUUCAGUCACUGGUGCUCCGGAGAAGCACAAGGGCGAAGCGGUGGAGCAAGAGGCUCAUAGCUUUGUGACAAGCCUCUCUACGAUUGUUGUUAGCACUGCUGCUGGAAAAGAUCCCCAGAGCGACCCCCACGAUGACAGUGCUACUCCAGACCCUACGAAGCUUACUGAAGAAGCCACGGAAGCCAGACAGAAAUCUGGCGGAGAGAAUCCUCAUGCCGAGCACAAUAGGGCCAAGAAGCCGGUCUCCAAAGCUGUCUGGGAUAAGGCUCGUCCCACGAUGCAUAUGAUUGCUGACUUUGUCGACACCUGGGAACGAUUUGGAAACGCUCUUAGCCCAUCUGCGCCUUUUCACCGCCACCGACCCAAGUUCAUCCUCAUCGGUGUUCUUGUCCCUAUGCUCCUUGGAUCGUAUUUUACAUCCCCCUACAUGGCCGUCAAGGGCAUGGGCUUCGGUGCUGGUUUUGGCUUCUUCGGUGAUCCCAUCAUUACACCUACUAUGAACUUCCUCAACAGGACGUAUCCUCGCUGGGAGAAGUAUGUCGAAUUGCGAAACACCAUCCUUCGAGGAGUCCCGACCAAUGCACAGCUGGCCAUCACUCUUCUCCGUAUUGGGGAGAAGAACAAGGCUCCUCUGCCUCCGCCUCCUACCUCGGACGUGCCAGCUCCGCCUGUUCCCCACCAGACUGCUGGAGAGGGCCUGGAACAUUUAGAAGGAGUAUCGCAAGGUGAAAUUGCAGAGGCUGUCCAGCCUGAUCCUAACGUGAUCCACGAGCAUGAGGAAGAAGAGGAGGAAGACAAGAACAAGCACAAGAAGACGCAUCGUCUCAUGAACUUCAUCCGUGGUACUGCCAAGGGAGGUGUCGCGACAGCACUCGCUGCCGACAAGGCUAAGGCUAAAGCAGGCGCCCAUCACGCAAAGGACCGACUUGGUGUUGUGAAAGGCGAGGAACCCCCUCCCGUUACCGGUCCCAUUCGUUUCCCAGCUCGCUACAAGGGUAAGAAGGGUCACGCAUUCAUCACUGCCACGGCGACUACACCGGCUGUAAGCUGGACGACCGAGACUGGCGACCUCAAACCCGCAUGGACGGUGACUAUUGGGGAGAUUGACGAGCUCAAGAAGAUGGGCGGUCUGGGCUGGAAGAGCAAGAUCCUCGUCGGAUGGGCGAUGGGGAGUGAAAUUGUGGACGGAUUGAUGAUCCGCACAAAGGACGGUACUGAACAUCAUCUCACGGCGGUCUCCAUGCGGGAUCAGUUGUUCAACAGGUUGAUCUCCAUGGGAAAUCAGAUGUGGGAGGCGUGGUAA